AUGCGCCAAGCCGAUGUGGGCGAGCUCAAGCGCCUCCUCAAGACACUACCCCAAGAGCUGUACGACGACAUCUUCGCCCUCACCUUCACAGCGAGCGGCCAAGUCGAGACAAUCUCAGAAGGCUGGAUCCCACCCCACCUCUUCAGCAUCAGCAGCGCCACUCGAGCCCACUUCGCCGCAUCCUACUUCAGCUCGUCCUCGAGAUUCCAGUUCCGACUCACAGACGUUGUAGAGGAUUCCAAGUAUGUGGUGAAGUGGGUGAGAGCUUUCUCGCAUCACGACAUCGCCGCGGUUGAGGAUAUCAAGUACGUCCGGCGCGGCCGAUGUUUGAAUACGUGGGACCAGAUGGCGAGGCAGAUAGAGAAGACGUACCUGGCCGGUAGGAUGGAUCAUUGGGCGAGGAUGCUUCGAUUGGGGGAUGAGGGGAAGGAUGUUGUUCGGGAAGUGGCGAAGAAGAUUGAAGUGCUCGUUGCCGACGAGGCUGAGGAGAUGCGGCCUUUUGGAUGCUGGGCUUGA